GCCAGAGACCGGCUUUAUUGAUUCUGACCCGAGAAGGAACCGGUGGCGGGCAUCGGAAUUAUGAGCUGCUUGAUGAUGCCCGGGGUGCAGCCAGGGUCUCCCUGCAAGGCUCGCGGCCAGAUACAGGUCAUCUUUGGACCCAUGUUCUCCGGGAAAAGCACUGAACUCAUGCGCCGGGUCCGUCGGUUCCAAAUUGCGCAGUACAAGUGCCUUCUGAUCAAGUAUGCCAAGGAUACACGCUACUGUACUAAUGGAGUCUCCACGCAUGACAGGAACACUAUGGAGGCCUUGCCUGCUUGUUGCCUCAAAGAUAUACAUCAAGAGGCUGUCAGCUCCGCUGUGAUUGGCAUUGAUGAGGGCCAGUUUUUCCCAGACAUUGUAGAGUUUUGUGAGGAAAUGGCAAACAAAGGGAAGACUGUCAUUGUUGCAGCCCUUGAUGGGACCUUCCAGAGGAAGGCCUUUGGCAACAUCUUGCAGCUGGUCCCCUUAGCAGAGAGUGUAGUAAAAUUGAAUGCUGUCUGUAUGGAGUGUUAUCGUGAGGCCUCUUACACAAAGAGGCUUGGAACAGAAAAGGAGGUAGAAGUGAUUGGAGGGGCAGACAAAUACCAUUCUGUCUGCCGCGUCUGUUAUUUCAAGAAGCGAUCGCACCAGCCUGUGCUUGAGAACAGAGAGAAUCUACCAGGAGGGAACAAACCAUUAGAGACUACGGCUUCCAGGAAGGUCUUGGCUGUCCGUCAGAUCAUGCAGUGGAGUCCAUCAAAGUGAAAGGAAGCAAGAUUACCUACUCAGUGGCCUUACCUCACAGCAUUAAUCGUGAGGCACUAGAAGCAAAGAAA